AGCGAUGUAGUUUGACGCCUAAUUUGCUUAUAGUACAAACAUCUUUGAUCAGAAAGACGAGAAAGAGACGCAAAUGUUAACGUGUAAUAGAAAGUAAAGAGCGUCAAGACCUUAAAACAGACUUCAUCACAUCAUAGCACCCGUCAUAAUAUCUAUAUAGAGCUCCGUCUCUCAUAUAUACAGGUAUUUAUCCUGUCUGUAUAGAUUUGUGCAUAAAUUUAUACCUGUUCAUUUUACAUACUGCCUAUUUUUAAUGUAAUGUAUGCAUAAAUACAAAAUACAAUGCAUACUAUAGCUUCAAUAGUCUAUAAAAUUUAUAACUCAAUUAAAAACAAGAUUCUGUAUAUCAAGACUUAAUCUGUUGUUAUCCUCUGGGCUUUUCACUUUAACAUUAUUAACUUUAAAUUGUCCAUAUUUUAAAACUGUGGUGAGCAGUUAAAAGCUAUAAUGAGUGGCAAAUAACUGCACAUUUUUAUAAUCCAAAAAACUGAAAAACAUGUAUACCAUGAAAUAUACUAAUAAAAUGACUCAUGGAAUAGAUUUUUGGUGAUUCCAUGCACCCCUAUCGGUCCUAAUCGGAAUCGAAUCGAUUCUUGAAAUUUGAAUCGAAACCCAGCCCUAGUAAUUAAUAUUACACAUGCUUAUUCUUUCCCUGUCUCUCUUUCUGCCCUACAGAUGGCUGAAAAAGGUGAACGCUGUAGCAGCAAAGUGUGGGACUACUUCUCCAAAGAUUCCUCUAAUGCAGUGAUCUGCAAUAUAUGUGCAGUUAAUGUAAGCCAGGGGUCUGUCAAAGCAAAGCAGAAAAACACUUCCAAUUUGUGGACUCAUCUGAAAACCAAACACAGUGAGCAAUAUAAAGAGGCACAGCAGCAGAGUGAGGUACAAAAAACUCUUUCUGUUAGAACACAGCAGCCUACCCUGCCACAAGCAUUUGAUAAGGUACUCAAAUGGGGUCCAUCAGAUCCAAGGGCAAAAAACCUGGACAAAAAAGUAAUGGAGAUGAUAGCGACAGACAUCCAAGCUUUUUCUGUGGUGGAAGGUGUGGGGUUUAGAAGGCUGCUGGCUGCUGCAGAGCCUAGGUACACUCUGAAGACAGAAAAGUUUUAUCGCACAGAUAAAUUGCAUCAUGUGCAUGCAAAAGUGGUGAUCAAGAUAAAGGAGCUUUUGGCUGUUGAAAAUGCAAAGCAUAUUGCAUUUACAACAGAUUGUUGGUCAGGGUCCACUGAGUCGUUAAUGAGCUUGACUGCUCACUUCAUCGAUGAAGAAUGGAACAGGGUGCAAGUUGUCCUAAAUGUGAAAGCCAUGAGUGGAUCUCACACUGGUGAGUACAUUGGACAGUUGUUUUUAGACAUGCUUACCGAGUGGGAUAUAGACAGUGAACGUGUGCUGCUGGUGCUCAGGGACAGUGGAGCCAAUGUUGUUAAGGCGAUGAGGUUGGUGGAGAUGCCUGACCUCAGCUGCAGUGCUCACACUCUCCAGCUUGUUGUGAAUGAUGGCCUCCAGGCACAGAGAGCUGUAGGUGACAUCCUGGCCAAACUGAAGAGGUGUGCAACCCAUUUUGGUCAUUCAGUCCCUGCCAAGCAGAGGCUUGAACAAAUUCAGAAGGAUGUUGGUCUACCUGAACACCGCAUUCUCCAGGCAUGCCCAACCAGAUGGAAUUCCACAUUGCAUAUGCUCCAAAGGAUGCACGAGCAAAAGAGAGCACUGACAGUCUACUCUGGGGACUUUGGACAUUUUACAUGUCCAAGUGUGGAGGAGUGGGACCUGGUCGAAAAGCUGAUUAACACACUGGAACCAAUUGAGGAAAUUACUCUAGAAGUGAGUAAGUCUGAUGCAUCUGCAUCAUGCAUCAUCCCCACCAUUGAGGUUUUGAAAAGAUUUCUGGAGACUCAGGGUCCUGAAACUAGAGGAAUUCAGACUUUGAGGAAGGUCAUGCUCGACAGCUUAACCAGAAGGUUUUCCAAGAUUGCAGAGUCCAAAGAAGCAGUGCUGGCCUGUGUGCUGGAUCCUCGUUACAAACAGCGUCCCCUCUCUGACAGCACAACCAAGAAGGCCAAAACCUGGCUUGAAAAAGAGGCAGACAAACAACAUCAAGCAUGCUCAGAAGCCACUCAUAAGGAUGCCGAGGGAUAUUCAAAGAAACCUAGAAUGGAGAAGUCCCUAGACCAGAAGCAGAGUGUGCUUGACCAUCUCUACGAGGACAUGUUGCAGAGCCAGCAAACAGUGACAGGGGUGUCUGAGAGUCUGAACGAGGAGCUGGAUCGGUAUCUUCAAGAGCCCGUUCUUGAUCGCAAAACAGGUGACCCCCUGCAGUGGUGGAGGCAAAACGCUGGCCGCUUCCAGACUCUGGCUCCAUUGGCCAGAAGGUUUCUCACUCCUCCACCUUCAUCUGUCCCUAGUGAGAGGGUAUUCAGCACUGUGGGGGGCAUCUAUCAAGAUAGGAGGAGCUCUCUAACAGGUUCCAAGGCAGAGAUGUUGUGCUUCCUGUACUACAACCUGCCACUUCUCAACUGGCAGUACUAAGGAGCACCCUGUUCAAGACAUUUUUCAAAACACUGUUCAAAUAUUAAAGUUCAGAGCAAGACAGAGUUAAAGUCUAAAAGUAUAAUUUGUAAAAAGUAGUGAAGGAGAAAAACCUCUUGCCUGUGUGUUGUAUAUGAGAACAUUCUACAUUGUUUUAAUUAUAUUUUGGUAUUAUUUAUUUUAUAUUUAUUUAUUUUAUAUGUACUUAUGUAGCUAUACAUUUAACUUAUUUUAAUUUUAUUUUCAAUUCAUUGACAUGGUUUUGUGGAAUAUUUAAUUAGUUUGGUAUAGCUCUUUUACUUUAUAAUUUAUUUACAGUUCACAGACUGUUAAAACCAGCUUCAUCUGGAAGUUAAAGUGUUAAAUGUUUAAAACCAUACUGUUUUUUGAUAAUUAAAAAAUAUAUACUUUUGACGUGCAAUUGUUUAGUCAUUGAGCCUUUUUUUUAACAUAAUCUCUUCUGGAAAAUGGUUUAUACAGCCCACAUACAUAGAACAGGCAGAUAUUUUGCUAUUGAAUGUUGUGUAAGUGCAGUUUAUAGGAAAUGGGUCUAAUAUCCAGUUUAUUUUCCAAAUCAAAAUAUCGGCUUAUAAAUCGGCUCUUUUCGAGUUAAUAUCGGCAUCGGCAUCGGCCCCCAAAAAUCCAUAUCGGUCGG